AUGUCAAGCGUCCGCACUCAACCAUUGCAGCCGUUGAACAACGGUCAACUAAAUACAAGGGCUACUGCUAUAACACCAAUCAAACCUGCCAGGCGUUCUAAAGAAAAUCAGCCAGAACCAAAACAACAGCAAAAGAAGAAAAAAGAAAAAUUAUCAGCGCUAUGCAAAACACCACCAUCCAUAGUCAGAACAAGAAAUGGCAAGGACUACCGCCGAGGAAGCUUUUUAGGUGAAGGUGGAUUUGCUCGCUGUUUCCAGAUGAAGGACACCUCUGGUCAGAUAUUUGCCGCCAAAACUGUAGCCAAGAUCUCAAUAAAGAAUGAAAAGACAAAGACAAAGUUGUUGUCUGAGAUCAAAAUCCAUAAAUCGUUGCUGCAUCCAAACAUUGUGAACUUCAAGGACUGUUUUGAGGAUGACGUUAAUGUUUAUAUAUUGUUAGAAAUAUGUCCUCAUCAGUCAUUAAUGGAGUUGCUAAAGACAAGAAAAAGGGUUUCUGAGCCAGAAGUUAGAUACUUUAUGGUGCAGAUUGUGGGCGCCAUCAAAUACUUGCAUUCAAGAAGGGUGAUACACAGAGAUCUUAAACUUGGAAACAUUUUUUUUGAUCCAGAUAUGAACUUGAAAAUUGGAGAUUUUGGCUUGGCUACGGUAUUGCCGUCUUCUGAUUCAAGAAAAUAUACCAUUUGUGGAACACCUAAUUAUAUAGCACCUGAAGUUUUAGGUGGAAAGACUUCUGGUCACAGUUUUGAGGUUGAUAUUUGGGCAAUUGGAAUAAUGAUGUAUGCCCUUUUGAUUGGCAAGCCUCCCUUCCAAGCCAAGGAUGUUCAAGUCAUUUAUGAGAGAAUCAAGAAAACUGAAUAUUCAUUUCCAGUGGAUAAACCAAUUUCAGAAGAAGCCAGAAUACUUAUCAAAGACUUAUUAAGUUUGAAUCCUUUGCAAAGGCCAAAUAUAAACGAGAUAUUAAAUUAUGAUUGGUUUAAGGGUCCUUUUCCCGAUAAGACUCACGAAAUAAGUUUGAACCUUACUCCAGACGGUCUUGAUGGGAUAUCAAAGGCUCAAUCGGCAUUAAAUUUCACGAAUACAAAGGCAAAUGCUGGAAUAUAUACACCUAAGAGCAAGAAUCCGGUUGAAAUUUUGAGAUCAGAUUUACAUUCAGAGCAGCCAAAAACAAUGCUUCCCCAGUCUUUGUCUCCAAAUGAUACCAAGAACAAAUAUCAAGAAGUCGACCCUUCUCAAAUAGGUGGACGGCCAAGAAGAGUGAAUUUCAAUGGAAGCUAUUCAACGACAAUCAAAAGACUUAACCAAAUUUGUUUCGAAACUUAUCAAAACAUGAGGAGAUUGGAAUAUUCCAAACAUGAUACCAUCGAUACCUUGGAAUUGCCAAGAUGCGAAAACCCAACCUUAAUUUCUAAAUGGGUCGACUACUCUAACAAAUAUGGAUUUUCUUACCAAUUGAACAACGACGAUAUUGGUGUGUUAUUUAAUGACGAAAAUACAUUAUUAAAGCUCCAUAAUUCCGAUAGAUUUUUGGAAUUAAUUUAUCAUGAAAAUGAAGGUUGGACAUGUAUUGAAAAUUCAACAAGUCACCCUCCUAACCAAGCAAAAAGACAUUUAGAGAUUGUCGAUUUCUUUGCAAAAUACAUGAAUAGUAAUUUAUCAAAAGUUAGCGAAAACGAACAAAGAAAAGAAACAGUAUUCUUGAGGAGAUAUACUAGAACCCCUGAUUACAUCAUGUUUGAAAUGACGAAUGGUAACAUCCAAUUUAACUUCAAAGAUCAUCAUAAGAUCUGUAUUUCAAAAUCUGGUUUGGCAAUUACUCAUAUAUCUCCAAAUCGUGUUACUCAAACGCAUCCUUUACUAUUAAUUUUAAAGCAAGGAAAUUUUCCAUCUGUUGAAGUUCCAGAAUGCUUAAUGAAGAUUUCAGUCAUUAAAGAUGCGGUCAAAAAGAAGGCCUUCAAGGAGACCUAA